AUGAAGAACUUAGGAGGACUAAAGUACUUUUUGGGAAUAGAAGUUGCAAGAUCAAGUCAAGGUAUAUUUCUUUCCCAUAGAAAGUAUGUGCUAGACUUACUCUCAGAAGUGGGAAUGAUCGAUUGCAAGUCAGCUGAUACACCAAUUGUCCAGAACCACAAACUCGAAGAAUAUCGAGAUCAGGUGCCAACAAACAAGGAGAGAUAUCAAAGAUUAGUGGGUAGAGGAAUCAUGUUCUCUAAGAAUAACCAUCUCAAUAUUGAAGGUUAUACAGACGCACAUUGGGCAGGGACUAUGUCUGAUAUAAAGUUCACUUAUGGAUACUUCACUUUUGUUGGUGGAAAUUUGGUUACAUGGAGGAGCAAAUAG